AUGCUCGCGCAGCCAAGCGAAUUGCCCCAGGGGUUGUCGCACCAGAAGAGCCAGUCGUCUAUCGGCGAGCAAAAGACGCUCGCGCGUGUCCCACCAUCCUUGUGCGAUAUUCGCGACGAGCUCUACACGUACGUGAGACAGCUCGGGAUCACAUCAGAGGCAGACUUGGCGCAGAUCGACCACUUUACGUCCCACGCGUUGUCCUUCUCCUCUAACCUUGACGACUCAGGCCCGUUGCCAGAGCCGUUGGCCAACCGCGUGUACGAUGCGCCGCGGUUGCGUGACAUCCGUAAGAACCUUGAUGCUGACCAGUUAUCGCAGUUGGAGAUUGAGGAGUUGGCGCUCCUGAUGUUGGAUGAGUUGCCUGAGCUUGCGAGUGACUACCUCGGCAACACCGUCGUACAGAAGCUCUUUGAGCAGUGCGAGUCUGAUGCGGUGCGCACCAUGAUGUUGAAGCAGGUGGCGCCGUAUUUGUCGCAGAUGGGCGUGCACAAGAAUGGGACAUGGGCUGCACAGAAGAUGGUGGCGGUGUCACGCACGCUGAUCCAGAAAAACGUUAUCGCGGGUAGCCUUGCGGACUACGCGGUACCGUUGUUCAACGACCAGUUCGGUAACUACGUGUUGCAGUGCUGUUUGAAGUUUGGCUCGCCGUACAAUGACUUUAUCUUUGUCGCAAUCAUGGCGCACUUCUGGCUGAUUAGCCAGGGUCGUUUCGGCGCGCGUUCCGUGCGCGCGUGCCUCGAGAGCGAUGCAGCGACGCCCGUGCAGACCGCACUUGUGGCUGUCAUCAUUGUCAUGAGCGCGGAGUUUUUGGCGACUGACGCUAACGGCGCCUUGCUCGUCACCUGGUUCCUUGAUACGUGCACGCUUGCGCAGCGCCAUACGAUCCUUGCGCCACGCCUUGCGCCGCACUUGGGCGAUUUGUGUACGCACAAGCUCGCCAGCUUGACCGUAUUGAAGGUGGUCAACAACCGCAUCGAUUUGGGUGCGCGUGACUUGCUUUUGGAUGCGCUUUUCGGUCCAGAGGGUGAUAACGUGGCGCCCCCAGUCUUGCACCGCAUCUUGCUGGACUCUGCGUCCCACGGUGCCAGCUUCGUCUACAAAGUCUUAUCUACACCGUCGUUGGAGGGCAGUCUCCGCCAGCAUGUGGUAACCCAGGUUCGCCGCGUGUUGAUGGAGUUGUCCGCCAACCUCAGCUCCUUCCAGGGAUACAAACGACUCUUGGAGGAGGUGGGCCUCUCCGCGCGGAUGAACAGCGGCGCUACCCAACAUCAGCGCUCAUACUCAUCCAACGCCGUUCCCAGAAUCAGCACUGCCAGAAUCUCGACGUCCCCCACGCGGAUUCCAGAAGCGGGGUUUAAGAACUAUCAACGACCUCCGUACGUGCCAGCCCAGAUGAACUACCCAUCGGCUCUGUACCAGCCACGGUACGUGAACGAGCUUCCACAGUCACGGUACCAGAACGACUUCCCCCAGCCUCGGUACCAGGGCGAGCUUCAACCGCAGUACGAGUCCCAGCCUCAGUACCAAAAAGGGUUCCCGCCAUCCCAGUUCCAACAGCCGUACCCAGGUCAACCCCAGGACGUGAUGCAGCAAUUGGAGCAGUUGUCGUUGAGUUCCGCGGCGUUGGGCUACUCGCUCCCGGGGUCUCCCGCCUCCAAAAACCAGAACCUUGGGUUCUCCAUGUAA